AUGGAGGGAUUUAAUGGUGAUGAAGAUAAUAUCCUUGAGCAAUUAGGCUUGGACAAUUUGACAGAAGAUCUUGGGAAUAUUGUUGAGAACCGAAAACGACAGCGUAAUGAUAAUGAAGAUGAUGAGUUAAACGGAGUCAAUGGGGAUGAUAAUGGAAGAGGAAAGAACAUAAUCAAAUGGGGUAGGAACGGAGUGAGGGAAAAUGUUUUGUGGGAUGAUGGGGGUGCUCCAAUAUGGCCAACACAGAAGUGUGGGGAGUUUUCUCGCUACCUUGGAUAUUUGGCAAGUGAUGGUGGACUGUAUCCUAUCGAUGUGCCAUCCUUCACUGAAUUUAAAAAGGGAGAUAACCAUGAUAGGAUGUGGGAAAAGGUUCAGGGAACUAUUGAUUGGUCCAAUCCAGAGACAGAAAAAAGAAAAUUCACAAUUAGGAAGUAUGUAAUAGACAUUAUCAAUGACCGUUGGAGACAUCAUAAGCAUAUACUGAAGAAGAAAUUUUGGGAACCUUAUCAGAAUUCUCCUUCAAGGUUCGUGUGCAGCGACAAUACUGUUGACAGCGGUCAAUGGGAAAGGUUUGUGACCAGGUUGGAAAAGGCAGAGACAAAGGUUUGGGAAACUCAUAAAAACUUAUAUCUGUGAUAAUGAAUUAAUUAUUAAUGUAAUUUGUUCAACAACAAUUGAUGUCAUUGAUUUAUUCACACUUGUGCUUGCAUAUAGGAAAAAGCUGCAAUUAAUGUCAGAAAUAGGAAACAAAAGAAGAUGAGCCAUACUACUGGAACAAUGACUUAUGCAGCAAAAAUUUAUAAAUGGCAACUAGAAAACAAAAAGGAUGCACCGCCUAACCGUAAAGAGAGAUUCAAGAUAACCCACCUAAAGAAGGGAUCUAAAACAGAGUACAUUGAUGAAGCAUCAACACAAGCUGUG